AUGUCGUCAUCGUCGUCGGCGGAAGCGGCACCAGAGACUAGUAGUGCCGCGCCGUCGCUGUCGGCGACGCUGCCGAAGGUAGGGGACAGCUUCGCCUGUACAAGGUCGCUGAGGCUUGGCCGCGAGAGGGCUCUCUUGUCGCAAGGGCGGACGCUUGUUUCCGACUUUCGAAAAGGUGGCAGCCAUGCGAAGCUCUUCCGCUGCUCGGGGGCCGUCAUCGUCAAGGGCCAGCAGUCUACAGGAGGGUGCCAGGUACUCAUCCGUGCCAACAAGCGUAAAGACAAGCACUGGUACAUCACCGAAACACAGUACGAGCAUUCAUCGUGUGCCGGUGGCAAGAAGCCAAGUGUUGCCGCGUUGGCCAAGGAAGGCGAGGUGGUCGUGAACGCCAACCGCGAGAUCACCGCCGGUGGGCUUGUGAAGCAGCUGAGGGGAGCCCACGGGGUGGAGCUGACGCCGCACACGGCGAACCGUGUCAAGCGUAGCGUCGUCGGUGUCAGCGAAGAAGCGCAGAACGAGGGGUACCAACGACUCCAGAGCUCCCUGGACCAGCUUGCAGAGGCCAGCCCGGGCACGGUCGUCCACUGCGAGGGGAGUGGGGUGCAGCAGGUGUUGUGCAUGGAUUUUGCACACAUGAAGGGAGAGUGGAACGGGACGAUCGGCGCGAUGACCACGAAGAGCUCCGACAACACCAUCGUGCACCUGGCCACGUGCAUCGUGGCGAAGGAGAAUGGCAACGCCUACCGGUACCUCAUCGACAACGCGCUCAAGAACCCGACGGUGGCUGCAUUUCUGAAGAAGCCGAGCACGACCAUCAUCACUGACAAGCACAAGGGAUCGGAGUCGGCGGUGCCGGACGGGCUGGACGAGGCGGAGUACCUUACGUGUGCGGAGCACAUGUUGAAGAACUGCGGGGCUGUCGGGCCGGGCGGGCGUAUGCACUUCUACCAGGCCGCAAGGGCUCCAGACAAGGCCACCUGCGAGUUCCACCUCAACAAGAUCAAGGACCUCAACACAGCGGCCUACGAGAAGGUGGCGUCCGCCUCCCGCGAGAAGUGGGCGGUGUACGCCACGAGAGGAAACGUCGUGCGGGACCAGGUCAACUCCAACAUGGCGGAGAGCUUGAACCAUGCCCUGGGUCCGGAUGUGCUUCCGGCUCCGUUUCCGCCAGCUUUGUAA